AUGAGCAAAGAAAGCGUGAAUUUUGGCGGUGAUGAGACGUGGAAUGACUGGGUAGAUGAAAGCUCGUCUGUACGUUACAGCUGCGUGUUCUGCGCGUACAAAUCUACGGCUGAAGAGCCGCUACACACGCAUCUACAAGAUGCGCACAACUUCUCACUUCACCAUGAGAUCUCGACGUAUGAGCUGGAUACCUACGGUACAAUCCAAUUUAUUAACUUUCUGCGCUGGAAUACAUUGGAUGGAGUGUCAGUUGAGCAAUUGAAGCAGACGCUGGCUAUAGAAGGUAGCAGUGCUUUCCGAAAGGACGAGUUUCUUAAGCCGGUGAUGCCCGACGAUCCGCUUCUCUAUUGCCUUAAAUGCGACAGUGACAGUAGUGAUGACGAGGAUGAAAGUAUCAUUCACCAAAAUCAACAGAGUGAAAAGGCGAUACCACUUCCAACUGCUGCAGACGACGUUGUUAACGUGAUUAAUAAGCUGCGUCUUGAGAACCAAGAGCUUAAGCAGCAGAUGUCGAGAUACUCAAAAAUAAUCCGGGAUUAUGUGGCUGACGAAGAGACGGUUGUACCUGUUGCAGAUGUUGCUGACAACGAUACCUACUACUUUAAAUCGUACUCGCAUGUGUCAAUUCACCGCGAGAUGAUCAUGGAUAGGAUCCGCACUGAUGGGUACCGCAAUGCUAUUAUCAACAACUCGGAACUUUUCAAAGGCAAGGUGGUGCUAGAUGUUGGUUGUGGUACAGGUAUUUUGAGCAUGUUUGCAGCCCAGGCUGGUGCAGCUCAAGUAAUUGGCAUUGACUGCAGUGAGAUGGGAGACGUGGCUCGCGACAUUGUGGCAAUCAAUGGAUUUAGCGAUGUCAUUACGAUACUUCGCGGAAAGGUGGAAGAGGUAAAGCUGUCCGUUGACAAGGUAGACAUCAUUGUCUCCGAGUGGAUGGGAUAUUGUCUUCUGUAUGAAUCUAUGCUGGACACUGUGUUGUUUGCCCGUGACAAAUGGCUUACUUCUGGUGGCCACUUGUUCCCGGACAAGUGCUCCAUAUUCAUACAGGCAAUGGAGGACUCAACAAAGCGCUUUGACUUCUGGAAUGACGUCUAUGGCUUUAACAUGAAACCUAUUCAAUCCAAAAUUUCCAUCGAUGAUGCCUUCGUGGAAGAUGUCAAGCCGGAAGACAUUAUCUCAAGUCGCGAAAUUCUGCAGAAGCUCGACAUCAACAGUAUCACUUAUGAAAAUCUCAACUUCCACUCUAACUUUACGCUAUCAAUCACCAGAGAUGCCAUUUUGCACGGCUUUGUGUCCAGCUUUGACAUUGGUUUUGAGCGGGGUUGCCCACGCCCUGAAUACUUCACUACGGGGGCUGAGGGCACCCCGACGCACUGGCACCAAGUCUUUUUUCAUGUCCCGAAACCCUUCCCGGUUAAAAAAGGAGAUGUUAUUCACGGUAAGUGGUGGGUGCGGCGGAAUGCUGAGAAUCCGCGCUUUCUUGAUGUUGAGAUAUAUUGGAAACAAGCAAUUGAAGACGAUUUUUUGAUCCAGUGUUAUCGUAUUCACUAG